GGGCUGCAGGGAGGCCUUGCGGGCUGGCGAGCGGCCCGGGCCGCGUGAGUCACCAGGCCUCUCCUUUCCGCCCUGGGCCGGAACGGUGUGCGGGCGCGCUGUGCGGGCGGCGGGAGAGCGGGGUGGAGCAGCGGCCGCCUAGGCGCUGAGGGUGUUUGGACUCCUCCCGAACCGAGCUGUUGAGGAACUGGAAAGCCAGAAGCCUUAGGACAUGUGGGAAUCCUGGCCCCCGCCGGCCUUUAAGACUUUGCACAAGGUUUUAAUUGUUCUGCUCCACUAUCCAGCGAUUUUGAGGAAAAAGGUUCUCUGGCCUGCACUGUGACUUUGGCUUGAUGUGAAAAAGAUUAAGCAACUAUAAUUGCCUAUACAUCUUCAGGGAGGGAUGAAGCCUUAUGAGCACCUCUCCUUUCCAUGAUGGGAAGUUGAUAUACCCAGUCUUGUACAGAUAUUAGUGGACUGCGUGACUGAGAUCUGAUACCCAAGUGGAGAAGAUAUAGUUUUGCACUGAAGUAUCAGAUUUUACUUGGCUGGAGUCAGAGCCCCUUUUUUGCAAGCAAGAGGACCUAAGUUCAGGUCCCUAGCCACUCAGUUUGAGCCUUGUAUUUUGGUUUUGAGAUUGAGUUCAAAGGAGGACCAAAACUUACUGAGAGAACUAUGGAAUGAAGAAGAUGGAUAUAUAAAGAAAUUAUGAGUCGAGAAUCUCAAGUUCACAUUUUUUGGGGUGCUCCAGUUGCUCCACUGAAAAUGACAAUAUCACAGCAAACGACUUCCUCAAUGUCCACUGCCAAUGCCUGGGAAAAAGUCCAACUUUUUUACAAACAACAUUCUUUGUAUCUGAAGGCUGAAAACCAGGAGCUUAAAAAUCUGGAAGACUGUCAAGUCUCAGAAGCUCUCGGCCCUCCAGACCUUCUUAGUGGCCACCUUUUACCAACUUACGUGAGUAGGUCUGCUCAGGUGAAAGAAGGCUCUACAUAUUCUGCUUCUGAAACACAGAGUGUAAGAUUACAGAAGACUAACCUGAAUGAUGUGACUAAUGUGCCAAUAUGUGGAUAUGAGGACAGAGUUCAGUGUUUACAUGAAGAAGAAAAGUAUCAAAAGCUUCAGUGUGAAAAUAAGAAAAUUAUAGAUGAGCAGUGUAAAGAUCACUCAAAUGCCCGGGUUGAGAACUUUCAGACGGAUGUGUGUCAGUUAGAUUGUAAGUGUGUGGCUGGACUGGAUUUGGACUAUAGUACUGAAUACAUUAACAUAAGGCCAGAAGCUGUGAGGACAAAGCCUGUGCCAACAGCACAUCAUGAAACACAAAGUCAGGAGAUCGUUUCCUCUGACACACACUGUGAAUCAGAAUCUGAGGGAGCAGUUAGGAAGGUCUCAGACCAGGAAAUAUCUACUGACACUGAAUUUCUCAGUAUAAUGACCUCUAGCCAGUGUGCUUUUCUAGCUCAAGGGAAUGGUAAAGGUCAAGACUGUAUCAAUAAAAGGACUGUAAACAUGGAGACAGAACCAACAGGAAGGCAGGGAGUAAGACCAACUGAAGGUAAUUUUAUUAAGCCUAGUGAAGAAUUUGAAGAAGAAUCUGAAGAUGCGCAAAGCCAAGCAUAUUCCCUGGAACUUUUUAGUCCUGUUUGUCCUGAAUCAGAAAGUAGUCAUGUUCACAUAAACCCUGGAAAAAGUCUUGAAGAAAAUAUAAGCUCUCAAGAACUUUUCAGUAAUGAAGAAAACCUGCCACCAAAUGAGGUAUGCGUUGAGUUGUACAGCUCAGGAAUGCUGUGUUCCCAACUAAGAACCUUCCACCGAAGUGCUGCUAAAAGGAGCUGGCCCUCUAAAGACAGUGCCCAUCAUUCUAAAGCUCUUUCUGAAGUCCAUCAUGUGUCUAAGAAGCCAAGGACUGAUUCUAAUACAAGAGAGUCAGCCAAAGCAAUGCCCCAGGGGAUCAUGUCCGAAUUGAAGAACUUAAAAAAUAUAUCAUUAAUAAAAAACUGUGAUUCUACAAGUCAGAAGUAUAAUUGCUUAGUCAUGGUGCUAACCCCAUGUCAUGUGAAGGAAAUAAACAUAAAAUCUGGACCAAACUCUGGCUCUAAAGUGCCAUUAGCAACAAUUGUAGUAACUGAUCAAUCAGAAAUUAAGAAGAGGGUUGUUCUGUGGAGGACUGCAGCAUUUUGGGCACUUACAGUGUUUCUUGGAGAUAUAAUUUUACUCACAGAUGUGACUGUUUAUGAAGAUCAGUGGGUUGGUGAAACAGUACUCCAAUCAACAUUUACCAGUCAGUUAUUAAAUCUUGGAAAUUAUUCAUAUGUUCAGCCUGAAAAGCAUUCCAAUGUAGUUGCCAGAGUUAUACUUCAGGACUUGCUGGCAUAUGUGUCUUCAAAACAUUCCUAUCUCAAAGAUCUGCCUCAAAGGCAGCCUCAGAAGUUGAACACUGUAGAGUUUGUGGAAUUGGAGCAGCUGCAGCCUGAUACAUUAGUCCAUGCAGUACUCAGAGUAGUGGAUGUCACUGUCUUGACAGAGGCAUUAUAUAGUUAUAGAGGACAGAAGCAAAGGAAAAUUCUGUUAACAGUGGAACAGGCUCAAGGUCAACAUUAUGUGCUUGUAUUAUGGGGUCCUGGAGCAGCCUGGUAUACUCAGCUUCAAAAGAAAAAAGGUUGUAUUUGGGAAUUUAAGUACCUUUUUGUUCAGCGCAACUGCAUACUAGAAAACUUAGAAUUACAUACAACACUGUGGUCAUCCUGUGAAUGCUUGUUUGAUGAUGAUACAAGAGCAGUUUCAUUUAAAGCAAAAUUUAAAAAAAAUACACCCUCACCUGUCAAGAUGUCAGAUUUAUCAACUCAGCUAAAGGAUAAGCAUUCAGGAGUGGUUCUGAUUAAAGCCAAGGUUUCAGAGCUGGUGUUUUUUGCUGGAGCAGCUCAGAAGAUAGCUCUGAAUGCUAGCAGCUCUCUGAAGGUCAUUUUCUCUUCUCUUUCCAUCAUUACGUAUGCUGGCUGUGCACAGUGUGGAUCAGAACUAGAAACAGAUGAGAACAGGGUCUACAGACAGUGUCUGAGCUGCUUGCCAUUUGCUGGGAGGAAAACCUUCUAUAGGCCAGCUUUAAUGACCAUAGCUGAUGGAGGACAUAAUAUUUGUAUUCAUGUAGGGUCAAAGAUGCUGGAGCAGAUUCUUCUCAACAUUUCUCCGGAUAUCCUCAACAGAGUGAUAGUACCUUCCUCGGAGGUCACCUACGGCAUAGUUGCAGCGGACUUGCUCCACUCCUUGUUGGCAGUCAGUGCAGAACCUUGCGUGUUGAAGAUUCAGAGCCUUUUCGAAUUGGAUGAAAAUAGCUACCCAUUGCAACAGACUUUCUCCCUACUAGAUUUCUGUCCUGAAUCAUGUAAGACGUGGAGCCCAGGACUUCCUCUAAGGCCAGAGGAAGACAUAGGAGGCAUUUCAAGGAAGGAGUGAUGAAAUAAUCUGUCCCUUGAAGAUUUAUGUAUUCUUAUUACAUGUAUAUAAGUGUUUUGCCUGUGUAUGUCUGUGUACCAUGUAUGUGCCUGGUGCCCACAGAGACCAGGAGAGGCUCAGUGCCAGAUCACCUGGGACUGGAGUAACAUAGAUGGUUGUGAGCCGUCAUGUAGAUUUUGAGAAAGUGCCCUUAACUUCUGAGCCAUCCAACCUUAUGAUCUGUCUUCUAAAAUAAAUAAAAUGACAUGGGUUUUGCUUAGAGUUUUAAAGAUAAAUAAUUUAUUAGCAUAAUUGUGAUAAAUAUAUAAAAAUUGUUUUUUUCUAAGAAAAUUCUGUGAAGUUUUUAUUUUCAUUCUUGUUGUCGUUGGUAUUCUUUUUAUUCUGGGGAAAUGAUCUAGCAAUAAAGGCAGUAUAUCACAGUUUCCUUGAAAUUAUGAGUGCCUCAUUUGCCAUUUCAUUUAGAUCCUGAUGCACCAAGGCACAAAAUAUUGAAGAGCAACAUGUAAGACAUUUCCUCAGAAGUCACUUUUCUGUUAUAAACUACUGCUUUUUCUAUCUUAAUAAGUUGUGAAAUUGCUUUUCUUCAUUAUAACUGUGCAUGCCAGGCUAGGGAUGCAGUGUUGUUGGUAAAGUUGCUAAAGUAGCAGGCGAGUUAAUUGCUUUUUUAUCACUAUGAAAGAACACCUGACAAAAGUAACAUAAGGAAGGGAAGGUUUGUUUGGCUCUUGGGUUGAAGGUACAGUCAACAUUCUGAAGAGGAACAAAGUGGUCCACCCAUCCUCUAGAUCUAUCUUUGUGGUCCUCACAUGAGGUUUAGGUUUAAAUAAAGAGCAAGAGGCAUAGGUCACUAAUUCAGGUCAGGUGUGGUCAUAUUCAUCAUUGGCCCAGUAUGACACUUUACUGUUUUGACUCCUGGCUCUUGGCCCCUGGCCCCUAGUCUAUCCUCCAGGUUGUCAGCAUUCUGUGAAGUCUCUUUCUGGAAGACAAGCAUCCUUUCUGACUAAAAAUAGGGUACCAACCUUUUUGUUCAUUAGCAUGAGACUUCAGAAGAAAUUCCAAUUUCUUGGCAUCCAUUGUCUCAGUAUUCUGAUAGCCAAAGGGAGGGGACAAAUGUUUCUAUUUAGAGUAUUGUGUCUUCCUUCCACAAAUAACUGUCAUGUUAGUUAGUUAAUUGACUGGAUUAGUAUUUUUAAAAUGGCUGUAUCACUGAAAGCAAGCUAGAUAUUCACUGUAGUCCUUAACAAAAUCCCAGUGAGUUUCUAGAAAAAAAUAAUUCUAAAAUUCA